UUCUCUAAAAAUUCUAGUAGUCAUCACUGACAUCUCUAUCCAACGCAUUAUCUCACAGACAUUUGAAGAAACACUUCUUUCUUUUUCUUUAUAUUGUUUAAAUCCAUGGACUUCUUCACCAACUCACCUUCUAAAUCAAACAACUCGCCACCUUCUUCAACCAAAACCAAAAGAAAGCAACAACGGCAGCAAACCCAGCAACCACAACAAACCCAGCAGGAGACUAGGUUUCUUGGAGUGAGGAGAAGGCCGUGGGGCAGAUAUGCGGCCGAGAUACGAGACCCUUCGACCAAAGAGAGGCAUUGGCUCGGAACCUUUGACACGGCGGAGGAGGCCGCCUUGGCCUACGACCGAUCCGCUCGCUCCAUGCGCGGUUCCAAGGCUCGAACCAACUUUGUCUACUCGGACAUGCCACAUGGCUCGUCUGUCACCUCCAUUAUCUCACCCGAGGAAGACAUGUCAGCGUUCUUCACCACCCCACUUCCCCAAACCCACGCCCAAUCCCAAACACACACUCAGCAGUCCUUCUUCACUCAUCAGGACCCAUUUGAUGCCUACUCAUUCUCUGGAAGUUCAUCAGCAGAGUAUGAAAGCGGGUCUUACGUGCCCGCUUUUGGUGUUGUUGCUGAUGAAUCCGGGUUACAGUCUCAAUCUCACACUCACGAGCUACCACCUUUGCCUGCUUGUGUCUCCUCCUCCACUUGUUAUGGGCCCGAAGGCGGCAUUAUGAGCUCGGACGGAGUUUGGAAUGAGUCAGGCUUUUACGAGUUUUCAGACCCCACGACGAACAAUGGACUGGACUCAUUGGUGAGUGGGUCCUAUGUGGGCUUUGACUCGAACGAGUUUGUGCAGCACAGCCCAUUGUUUGGGAGCAUGCCACCUGUCUCCGAAGCGGGUAUCGAUGGGUUUGAUUUGGGUUCAUCCUCUGCCUAUUUCAACUGACUUGGUUUAGUAAAUCCAUCUGAUCUUCAAGUGUGGUUUUUUACUUUUUUUUUUUAUCAACUUGUUUUGUGUUGUGAUGGACCAAAAGUAAGGGUGCCUUAAUGAAAUUGUAAUGGUUAUGCUCUUUAUAUUGUAAG